AUGACGCGCAUAGGUCGCGGCCACCUCAAUGCGAGAGAUGUCAAUCUACGCCGAGAGGUACGGGAGCUAACCCGCCGUUCACAGCGUUCUCGAGACUAUGGAAAUCCCUACAUUUCUAUCAGCGAUGACUUGCUUCGGGCGGAGGACCUCGACCGUGCCGCAGCGAAGAGUCAGGGAAUUCACCGGCGGAUGGGUCAAGGACCGGACCCGAUUGUUGACAAGAGACACUACAUACUCAAAUCGGCAACCCACGGCUAUACGGCAGUCGUCAAAGACAAUAUUGUGACCGCCGAAUUGCCAACGACAUGUGCCUCAAGGAUCCUUGAAGGCCUGCAGCCCGUCUCUCAACCUUCCACCAUUACCGAUCGCCUGAACAGAGCAGGAGUGCGCGUGCUGGCAAAGACAAAUAUGGACGAGUUUGGGAUGGGGUCGCAUUCGAUGAACUCGGCCUAUGGAGCAGUGACAAAUGGGAGAGGUUUCAAAGCACUUUCUGUGGGUGGUAGUUCGGGUGGAAGUGCGUUGGCAGUGGCAGCCAAACUCGCUCAUGUUGGCAUCGGCACGGACACCGGAGGUUCCAUUCGCCUGCCAGCAGCAUACAUGAGCGUGCUCGGAUUCAAGCCUUCUUAUGGUAUGAUCUCUCGGAAAGGAGUCAUACCUUAUGCGAAUUCUCUUGAUACUGUUGGCAUAAUUGCGAGGUCAGCCGAGGACAUCAGGCUCACGUUUGACAUUCUCCGUACACCGGACGAAAAUGAUCCAACAUGUCUGACUUCCUCGUCUUGGACACGUGUUCAGGAGGCAAAAAAUCGUCGAAGAGUUGCGGUUUUGGGGUCCCAGUAUGUUGUGGUAGGAACAGACCAGGUUAAAGAAGCAGAGACCGGCCCGCACCGCCAUUCUGACUGGAAAAAUCUGCGCAGCCAGCUUGUUGCGCAGCGCGAAUUUACACGACGAAUUGGUGUACCUCUAGAGUACAAUAUCGCCGAAAUGCACCCUCUGGUCCGGUGGGCCUGGACCGCGACGUUAAGUUACCUCGAAUCGGUUGGGUGCGAGAUCGUGCCCAUAUCCCUUCCAUCCACACGACAUGCUCUCUCAUCCUACUACGUUCUGGCUCCAGCCGAGGCAUCCUCCAACCUCGCCAAGUACGACGGGGUUCGCUAUGGGGCUGUGAGGCAGUCUCCUAGUGACGAUGUAGGAGGCACUCUGUACUCCAAACAUCGUUCCGACAAUCUUGGACCGGAGGUUAAACGGCGCAUCUUGCUUGGUACUUAUAGCUUGAGUGCGGGUGCCAUGGACAACUAUUUCAUACAAGCUCAGAAGAUACGAAGGAUGGUGCAGCAGGACUUUGACGAUGUCUUCAGAAUGCCCAACCCCCUCAAACAGGAUACUGAAGUCAAAAUACAUGGCGUGGACUUCAUCAUUGUUCCAACGGCUCCAAGUCCUCCGCCUCGGCUGCGGUACCUGCAACGAUCUACACCAGUGGAGAACUACAUGAAUGACGUUUUCACGGUGCCCGCUAGUCUAGCAGGGCUUCCGUCCAUGUCGGUCCCUGCGCCACGACAUCCUGAUCAUCCAUGGCGACCCGAAGUGGCUGUGGGCAUGCAGAUAAUUGGCCAGUAUGGUGAUGACUAUUCUGUCAUGUAUCUCGCCCAAAACUUCAUGACCAACUUCCAUCCUCUCACCAAUAUGAAGCGAGUACAGAGUCACAAAAUCUUGAAACAGUCUACCAACACGAGUUACAUGUCAGACUCGCUGGAUUAA